GAUCAGCUAUAGUAAGGAAGAAGAGCAAACAUCUCUCUCACCAUUUAUGGAAGAGGAAGAAAAAGAAGACAAAGCUGGACAGUGCUCUAAUGUGGAGGAACACUGGGAAGGUGAAAAUGAUGAAUUGUUUUGGUAACUUAACAAAAAACUAACAUUAAGGAGUCUUCUAAUGUCGUAGGUGAGAACAGUACAGCUGUAGGGUUGGAUGACAUUCCACGUAGAUGCAAUGAUUCCAGUAGGUGUUCUGUAACAUUACGCUACGCAGCUGUAACUAAUCCAAAUCUAACCCAUUGCUUCUGUAGCAGUAAAUUCUCUACUUUUUACCUCUGUCAGGCAUUUUGAUUCAGAGUUAUUGAUGGUAAAAAUCUAAUAUUUGACUGUAUGGACUUGAUUCAGUUGCACAUACUUUGGCAUCUAGUGCCCCUUGAAGUGCUCUGGACUCUCUCAUCUGGCUCCAGAAUGGUAUAGGUCUUCCACAGAUUCAACUCUGUGAAGAUACUGGAUACCCGAAGACAUCUAAACUGGCAUCAGAUACCUCUUGAUAGGCAGCCAGUUUCUCUAAUUGUGUCCAGAGGUAGAUUUCAGUAUAGUACGUGAGGCAACAUAUCUACUAUUUUACAGAUUAACGUGUAUGGUGUAGCGCUGAAUACUGAUCUUUAUGUUAAAAGGAGUUCUUAGGCUAUUCUUUCAUUGUCAUUUUCUUGAUACAUAAAUACUUAAAAAAAUUUUGUAUCUUAACAGUGCAGUAGGAUAAGGUAAUGCAAGAUAAACAUAUUAGACUGUUGGCCAAAACCUGUCAAUACAUUAGCCUGCCCCCUUCCCCGUUCUUGUUUGGGUUUUUUUUCCACAUACAUUGGAUUGUUGGUGAGGCUUGCAUAAUGAAGGCAGAGAGCACUCUCCUGGUUUGGUUUGCAGGUGUACGAUAGUGGUCCUGUGUGUUUUGCCAUAUGAAUUUUUUUUAUAUACGCUGCAGUAAUGCUAUAAAAUGUCAUCUCUGAUUCUCCAUGUUUUGACUUGACAGCAAGUAUACACUAGGGCUUUGCAUUUUAAAGUUCAAAGUCUCUUUAUUAAAUUGCUGUUUUAAUAUCUAUUAGAAUACAAGCUUGAAGAAGAGUUGUCUGCUGGUGGCGAGAUGGGAAACAAGGACACUUCUGAAGGAGUUGGAGACAAAUAUGAUUCUAGCAUGUAAAUAACUUAUUACCAGUUCUAACAGUAAUUUCCUUUGUAGUGUUAACUUACCUUUUCAAGAGAAGGUUUGGUUAAUUCAACUAUGCAUCUUUUUGUCAAAUUAGUCGUAGGCAAUAUAGACCUUUCCACAAAAAAUAAAUUGGUUACUACUGUUAAAACAAUAUGCCGAGUAAGAUAAAGACAGGCUCUGGGCACUUUUUAAUCUGAAGUAAUUGUAGGUAUGUACAUAGAACACAACGGUUGCACCACGCUGAUGUGGGCUAAUUGCUCUCCUCAAAGGAGCGUUACACUAACCAAUUUACAUUUCUUCUAAAACCCAGCCAGCUCUUCGUAUUAAUAUGUAGUGUUGUGUUCAUAUCCCUCUGUACUUGUAGAACUUCAGGAGCUGUUGGAAAAAGAUAAGUUUGUCUGCUAAAGAAUAUCAGUGUUGGAUUGGAAAGCUUGGAACACUGUUUGGGUGAUGUUAAUAAUGUUCAGGCUGUGAAGUAUACAGAUAGAGUUUGCAUAUUAACCUUACAGAGGAACCUAAAAGAGCUCAAGGACAUAGCCAAAGAAAAGGAACUUGCGGUCCAAAAAGUAAGAGACAAGCUGAGUACCUGUCAACUGCGGAUCAAGAUGCUAGCAAAGCAGCUGGAUUGUGUAGACAUUGAAAUAGAGAAAGAGGAGGAGGCUGGCAAUGUCGCAGCCUUGUUCCGCCUUCAGGCAAUGCACAGACGACUGUGCACUGAACUGGAGAAAGAGAAGGAUUUUGAGUUGAAAAUUGGUUUGACACUAAAAGAAAACAUGCUUGAGAUGUGGCAGAUAGAAACUGAGCAGGGAAAAUAUGAAAUCCUACUUGAACAACUUAAAAAAGAUCAGGAGGAGCUAGAGAUGCAAUACCAAGAACGAGCAGAAGUGCGGAUUUGGAAGGAAAAAAUAGCAGCACUGCAAGCGGAAGAAAAUCGUCGGUCUAGAGAAAAAAAAGAGGAGGAAUCCCAGAAAGAAUAUGAAGAAAGGCAUAAAAAAAUACUGGAAGAUGCCAAAAGGAACCAUGAAAAAGCAGUCUGCUUCCUGAGAAAAAGCAUAGCAAGAAUUCAUGAAAAAAAUGCAAAGGAAGAAGCGAAAACUCAGGAGCAUAUGGAGAGAAGGAUACAAGCUGUGCUUUCCCUGAAAAACAGCAUAACUUCCAAUAGGGAAAAACUCCAAACUCUCCAGGUUUGGAACAAAGCAAUGGCCUUUGAGGCAAAGAAGCAGGAGAUGAAAAUGAGGGAAGCUAUCCUAGCAGAAGGAGGCAAUGUUGCCAAGGAAAUUUUUCUCCAUAAACGACUGCUAGAGCAUGAAAAAGAGAAACAAGCUUCUAGAGAACUGCAAAAAUCAAGAAAAAUUGAGAUUGUAUCUCAAAUUUUGCAAGAAAAAGCUUCUCUUCACAAGCAGAAAAAAAGUCAGUCCUGUACUAAGGCAAUUAAGGGUGGUGGUAAACUUGAGGAUUCUUUACGGUGGAGAAUGAAAACAUGGCAAUAUAUUGAGAAGACCUGGAAACAUUCAGCUGGAGCAAUAUCACAGUCAUGGUGCUCUCCGACAGCUUGUUCCUCAGCUGGUGUGAGAACUGCUUCUGUAGGAGAGAUUUCUGAAAAAAUACCCCAUGAUGUGUUCUGUGAAAGUGGUGGAGAUGAGAAAGGGAGGGACGACACCCUAGUAGAACCAGAGUUUCCAGGACUUUGGAGUCAGGAAUGUGACUUGCACAAGAUAUCUGAAGAAGAAAUGGAUCCAAAGCAGCUGGCUACAAGGGUAGUGACAAAAGAGAUUUUUGAGAAAAAAAAGGAGGAGCUCCAAACUGGAAUUUUUCACAAGCAAAUAGGGUCUGGUCAUGAACAUAAGGGAUGUACUUUCUAUAGUAAACCAAGUUGCAUUCAUUUCAAGGAUUUUGAUGUUGGUCAAAUCUACAAAAAGAAGAUAGUUUUGAUAAAUGCAUCCUACAGUGUUAACUUCUGCAGACUAGUGGGAGUCAGUGAAUGGCUCAAGGACUUCAUCAGUAUUCGUUUUGACCCACCUGGCAAAAUGUCUGCUGGAAUGUCUUGUGAAGUAGUGGUAACAUUUAAGCCGAUGAUAAAUGAAACUCUGGAAGGAGAAGUCAUGUUUGUGGCACAGACAGGUUCUUUUUCUGUUCCAUUGAAAUGUACAGCCAAGAGAUGCAUCCUGGCACUAGAUAAAGAGCUCAUUGACUUUGGCAGCCAUGUGGUGGGAGAGACAAUUUCACGGACCAUCAAUCUGACAAACAGUGGAGCUUUGGGAACAAGAUUCAAAGUUCAGACGUCAGCAGGUGACAGUAGUACAUGCAGAGCAACAGCAAAGUCUUCUGGAAGAAUGGUUACUCAACAUUUCAGUGACUGUGUCCCUGAACAGAAAGUCAGCGAUAGUCCUGUGACAUCUGUAGUUGAAAAGAAGGAACAAAUUUGUCCUGACCAUAGUGAAGAAGUGACCUACUGUGUAGCCCAGGUGGAGCAGCAGAGGACUGAGACAAGCCUGAGCAGUAGUUCCACAGAACAACUUGGCCAAGAUGUACUAAAUUCCAGAUCAGAUGUAGGCACAGACAAUGCACAUAAUUUAGUGGAACUUUCUCCUGAAGAAACACCAGUCGAAAUUAUGCUUGGAAAGGUUACUGAGGGUGAAAUUGGACCCUUUAGCUCAGUCAAACUUCAGAUUAUAUUUAUUCCAGCUAUCCCUGGAGAUGUGCGGGCACAGUUUGUGAUCAUGUUUGACAACUCAGACUGCAAACCACUGUGCUUUAGUGCCAUUGGAGUUUCUAUUGAUGUGCCGGUUUGGGUGCCCAAUCCCAACAUUGAUUUAAAGAUCUGCAUGUAUGACCGACUUUAUCAGGACUGCAUUGUCAUUCAAAGCAGAGCAAAAGCCACGCUGCGUUUGAAGUUUGAAGUAUGCAAAGAAUUGAGUAAGCACAUGGAGCUGCUUCCAAAAACAGGUUACAUUCAAGCUCAGUCUUCCUUCAGUGUGCAAUUGAAGUUUCUGCCCAGGCACUCUCUUCCUGAAGAUGCAAGGAGCUAUUUUAAUGAAGAGACAAGAGUUCUGGAAGUUCCAGUGACAAUACUGAUUGUGGAUAAGGCUAAAAAAGUUAAUAUUACUGUCCAUGCAAUUGUUACUACUUCUGAUUUGGAAAUCAGUCCAGCACAAAUCAAUUUUGGAUACUGCACAGUCUAUGAAGCUGUGCAGACAAAUGUCACGCUAACAAACAAAUCCAUCUUGCCACAAGAGUUUGGAUUUGUGGGACUUCCAGAGUUUGUUGAAAUUCAACCCAAUGACGGAAUUGGAAUUCUUCUUCCCCUUGAAAGCCUGACAUUGGACGUUAUCUUUAAAGCUGACAAGGCAAAAGAGUACAGCUUUGAACUAACCUGCAAGUCAGAGAUUAAUAGACAAUUCAAGCUGUCAUGCAAAGCAGUUGGAGUCCACCCACCUCUUGAAUUGUCUCAUUCCUUAGUUCGGUUUGCUGCAACAGCUUUAAAUGGUGUGUCUACAGCAAAACUGUAUGUGAUGAAUUCCCAUGCGAGUGUCAACCACUUCACUCAUGCUGUCCCAAGAAUUGGCAAUGGGGCAGUUGCCCCUGUUGGACCCACUUCAUUUGAAUUCUGCGUGCCAGAAGACUGUCCAGUGACAAUUACACCUUCUGUUGGAACUGUGUUGCCUGGGAAGAAAAGCUUGAUUCAAGUGUCCUUCAGACCAACAUUGUCAGAUCAGCUAAUCAGAGAAGAGGCAGUUCGGAGGCUUUGCAGAGCAGCUGCGACAGGGGCAGAAAUACAAAAAAGGAAGAAAGAUGAAAAGAGAGAGGGAAAGAAAUUAAGCAUUUCCAUUACCAGACAGCAGUCUUGCAGACAGCUUGUAAGGGAUGGAGGCAGUAAAUACCUGACUUCUCUGUGUAGUUCUGAACAACCACAAUCCGAAGACUUAAAGCCUGAUUCAGAUGCUUAUAUGGCAGCCCAGGCUUUCCUGAUGAGGAAUUUCAGUGGGAGGUUUGAAAAAUUCAUCAUACCGUGCUUUGUUGCAAGUGGACAGAUCGAUGAAAAGAAAGGCUCUGAAAACCUAAGCUGCAGCCCUUACAACACUUUGUACUUGGAGUUGCACUGUCCAGCUGUAGCACCAUCUGUUGUGAUCACUUCAGAUAAUGGAAAAAACAUGGUCAAUUUUGGUGAUGUUGCAGUAGGCCACAGAAUGAUUAAGCGAAUUACAAUACAAAAUAUCUCCCCAGAGAAGCUGGAACUAGGAUUCUCAGUUCUGAAUCCCAAUGGUCCCUUCCUGUUGGUCAGACCAGUUGGAAUGCUUGAGCCAGGUGAAAAUAAAGCCCUCAUCGUCUCUUUUUGUCCAAAUGAGAAUAAAUGGUUUUGUGAAAUGCUGGACAUCCGGACGGCAAAAACGAAUCUAACCCUAAGUAUCACUGGUCAUGGGGUGAUGCCAUCAACUGUUUGCUCUGUGGAAGAAGUACUCGAUAUGGGAUAUGUCAUAGCGAGAGAGAAGGUGACUUCCACAUUCAAGAUACAGAACACUUCCACACUGACCCUGCAAUACUCCAUACAACUAGAUUCACUUUCAUCAACAAGGGACAAAGAUCAGCAGAGACUUCCAUCCUUUAUUACGUCCUCUUUACAAAGAACAGAUUUUGUUGGAACACAGAACUAUAAUGGCUUAAGUGUGUUCAGCAUCUUUCCAACAGAAGGAGAAAUUGUUGCUGGGAAGAGUCAGGAUUUUAUUGUUACUUUCAGUCCUGAUCAUGAAAGUCUGUACUAUUCUGACCGUCUCAAGUUUGUGCUCUUUGGCAAGAAAAUAGCCCACGUGAUCCACCUAAAGGGUGCAGCAAGAGAUCAUCCAAUGUUUGUGGAAGGGGGAGUUCCGCUAGAUGUGCCCAUUGAGUCCUUGGCUGUGACAUUACCUACGUCAUCGCAGAAGGCACUAAAAGGAGAGCUACAAGAACCAGUGAAAUCCAUUCUCCUCAUGCUGGACUACAUUGAGGGAGAGAGUUCUCCAGUGCCAGCAGUGACAGAACUGAAAGUUGGAGCUAUACAAACAGCUCAGUUUGCAUCUAAGAAGAACAUGGAGUUCAGUUUUGAUAGCCUGCCACUCCUGCAGCAGAAGGGAUUCACUAUUGAAUCUGUGAAGGGAACGAUUGAGCCUGGUCAAAUAAAAUGCAUCAGUGUUUCUUGGGUGCCACCUGCUGACUUUCGGGCCGAUGAUCCUCUGCUUGUGACAGCCCUCCUGACCUUAAAAGGUGAUAUUAAGGAAUCUUACCGAAUCCUCUUCAUGGCAAAAGUUGUGUCUGCAUAUGCUCCCACUAAGUGAGGGAACCAAGCUAAAUGGAAAGGAAGAUGGAGGCUUACAUUACUGGGAAAUCACUGGAUCUCAGUUGAAACAUGGAAAGAUUUUAAGAUUGUUGCAAAUGUGAGGGGAGCGGGGAAGUGGGAAGGAAAGUGACAUGUCGUAUUUCUGCUUUUUUCCCCCAAAAUGUCUAUGUAAACUCUGUUUCCACUAGUUUCAUUUUCAAGCUGACUCUGUGACAAUGAUCUUGUGGCAGAAGAAAGAAUUGAUGAGGGGCCCAAGUAGAUAGAUCUGCUGUUAAUUGCAGUGUCUUCCAAAGGUGGGCAUUCCCUCAGGAGGAGUUAUCUUUUUUUACAUCUACCUGGGUGAGUUUCAAACAAUGUAUCUUUUUCCAAUUUCAGAUGCAUUUUAAUGGUUUUGGAAAAUCCUUGACCUUUUCCCUCUUAAGACCAGAAUAAAGCUGCUUAUUCAAGUCUCC